CUUGCGGUCUUCGUUUUGAGAGUUUUCGAAAUAUGAAAUGCUAGUAAAAUUGAAGUACAUUGCCUGUUGAAUUGAGAUCCCUUCGUUUUGGCUUCAAGCUUUCCAUUCUCCACAAACCUUUGAAAUGGUUUGGACCAAGGACGAAGUCGAUAAGUACGUGGUUCAGGUGGAACGAAAUUGUAAAAGUGCGCACGAGGUGAGCUUAGUUAAGCAUAUUUGAUUCAUUGCUCAUCGGAGAAAUCUCUUUGCAUUCAUUUCUAUAUUGACGAUCACCUUUCCUGAAUUGCAGCGUAACCUGAAAGGGUUUGCCUUUGCAAGACUGUACCGAGAAGCAUCUGACAAUGAGAGUGCAAAACGGUAAGUUUAUUCUUGUAAUUGUUAACGUUGCAUUUUGCGUGCCAUUUCCUGUUCGUUCGACAUCACACAUUGUCCGUUGCAGUUUCUUCGUUUAUAAGACUUGUGUUUGAUGUAAUCGAAAUGAAGGCGAGUUUAAACUUUUAAAGUGCUAUUUUACCUAUUCUCACGUGUUUACUAUCGAGCUUGGCCCUCGAUGUUGGAGGAUUUUUAAAGUUGUCAAAGUUCUUCUGGUCGGACUACAGUUUAUAAUUUAACUUCCGAUUCUUUUCAUGUACAUGUACAUAACGUAAGACAUUACAAAUUAAUCAAAACGUUCAUAGAGUGUUAUUUUUCCUAACUGAAAUAAUAUAUGACACCGAUUUCAUUCUAUUUUUCAUUGUGCUGGUAACUAUAAUUCUAGGAUGGCCUGUUAUACAAUGUAGGCUGCUAAAAUAUUCUUAAGGCUCCCAAAAUCAGGGCAAAGUACUGUAUGUGAACUUUCCACAGUGAUCUGUCUAAUUGCAGAGAGGAAUCUCGGUCUAACAGUAAUCCAACCCUAGAUCUGCUAUUAUCAUUCCUAAAAGCCUGGUUUUCAUAUGGUGGGAAAAUCCCAGGGAAAUUUUACUGUUUUCUGAUCAUCCCAGAUUCUACCAAUACAUGACGUCCGGAAAAUUCUAGGAUCUGUCCCAGAUGCCAUUUUUAUUUAUAAACUAAGGACAGACUGAAGCAAAGCAACAGAGAAAAGAUGAUUGCGCAUUGAUCCCCUGCGAGACAAAAUUAAUUUGAGUCUUCUUUUGUCAGAAAUAAUCACCUCCAACCCAUUGCAGAAAUCUGAAAGGUGUCAGAAAAAUAGAAAUGCUCCUCAUUCUCUAGAUUUGUCCUCAGCCACCCUAGACUGUCUGGGAUAUUUACUAUACAGUUUUAAGUUUAAUUAGUCAGCAAAAUCUCGAACGGUUAAGAUACAGUAUACUAUAAUGUAAUCCUGAUCAGCCGAGUUUUUCCCUAUGUAUUAAAACCAGGCUUAAACAAGUCAUCCCUGAUCUAAGUGGUUAGCCCCAGAAUAUCACACUACAUUUACUAUUUGUAGCUUUCCAUGUCCAGCUAUACAGAUUAUUGUUCACCGGUGAAAGAAAACAGCUUUUUCCUACGUAAACUGCUAUGACUUUAUUGAUCCUCUGAGAUGAGUACCGGUAUACAUGAAGUCUAAAGUGAGGUUAGAGGGCAGUGAGAAAUCAGCUCACCGGUUGUAUGCUGCUUACUGUUUAUUCCGUAAAACUUAAUAUUAACACGCACUAGUAAUCAUUUUAAGAUUUUAAAUUUAUAUUUAUAUUAUCUGUUAUAAAAAAUACCCUGUAGGUACCUGGAAGCUUACAUUAGCGAGAGUGAAGGAGAUUUUAGGUAAGAACUAUUUUCAUUUACAUACAUUAUCUUACCUUGAUGUUGAUAGUGUUAACUGAAAAUUUGAAGAAAAAACUUUAUUUAAUUUCCAGUUAGCCGGUGGUUUUCAUUAUGGUCCUCUACACGAAGACAACAGCUGCAAAUUAAACUCGUUUGUUGUAAAACAGAGAUGAAUAUGGGGGAGGUACAUGUACCUGUGAGGUUGUGGUGCCCUGAACUGCUGCCAAGUGCAAUGCUUAACCUUGACAACCCUUCAGAGUGGUAUCCACUCAGGCCGUGAUUUUGUUACCUCCGCGUCCUGUGUCCCUGAUGCAUUAACAUUCCCAAAAUAAUAAAUGAAAUGCGUCCUAUAGGAUACAAAGAAUGAUAAAUAAAUUGAAGACUUUUUGGUACAUGUAUAAUAUCCUGUUCAUGUGUUUUUUGUGGCUGUUGUUUAAAGAUGCAUAAUUUUAUUAAAUUCAUUUUAGUCUUUUUUGCUUUAAAUAUACAGAAGUUCAGUAAACUGUAUUAAAGAGUUUUGGUGUCUGUCUCCUGUUUAACUGUCUGUUUACCAAAAGGCUCAAGUAUUUUCAGUUUAGGACUCCUUGCUUUUUUUUUUCAACGGGAACUUAUUGGUUAUGGACAGGGACUUAUGAUUUUUCUCAAGAUGAGUUACAGGACUCACCAUUAAGUUCAAUGGGUCAUGGCGGUGACGAACCUACUAUUUGUAACACAAUCACUGCCCCCAGCACCAAUGCACUGCAAACCAGUGAAACUUAACAUACUUACCAUAAUACUUACUAUAGGGAGGAAGGGUAUGGAGCAGAAAAAACCACUCUGCAAGCAGUAGCUGCGACAGGCAAUAACAUACAUUGUACUCUCGUAAUGACCAGACCCCAAGAGAGAAUGGCUGUAAAAAACCCACAACCUGUGCCGUGCAAUUAGGGUACCCCGCAUAUCCCCGACGAGAAACAGCUGGCCAGCAAUGUCUCGAGUUUAACGUAGCCUAAAUUUUAAAAAGCCACAUUAGAAAGAGUGAAAAACGAAAAAGCUAUACUAUUUCUAUAAAAUAAAUUUUAAAAGUUCUUCAAUGUUCUAACGAGGCAUUAUGUUGAAACAAGUUUCAAAACUGUGUUUGAUUGAAUGUAUGUUCUUAAUUACAGGGGUCAUUGCCUAAUGGGGCAGUUGUAUGAAUCAUUGGGAGAGUUGGAAAAGGCAGUUGCUUCAUAUAGAAGGUAUCAGCUAGUCUGCUGCUGUUCAUGCAGUUACAUUGUGUCUUCAUUGCCUCCUCGUUUUCUUGCUAUUAUUAUUAUUCUUGUAAUUAAAUGGUUAAUGCGAUAUUUUUUAGGUCCUUGGAAUUGAACAACACUCAGAAGGAGUUGGUUCUAAAAGGUUUGUAUCCUGAAGGGUCGUUCUUUCAGGUGGGAUGUCAUUAAGGGCUAUAGAUUUUUUGUAGCUACCCCAUAUUACAAAAUGGAGCCCUGCACGUGGCUACUAAUGGUGGAAACAUAAUACAGUGACAUCACAAGAAAUUGUCAAGCUCCUGGUUAGCUUAUUGCUACUUUUUCAUUUCACUCCUUUUUUCAUUUUAGUCAGUUCUUUGCUGUGUUAAUACGUGUGGAAAUGGUAAAAAAAUGGAUUAAACAUCCUUGACAAUAUACUGUACUAAAAGUAAAGCCAAGAAGUAGAUCUGGGCCCAGUUGCUCGAAGCAUGGUUAGCGUUAACCAGCGUUAAAUACCUUGACAACGUAUUGGUUUUGAUACUGCUUAACCAAUGGUUAAAGCUAACCAUGCUUUGAGCAACUCAGCCCUGAUAAGCUGACCAGAUCGGCAAAAGUAUGUAAUUUUAACUGAAAAGCAAAUUUCUGAAAACUUGCAUCACAUGGUCAAGAUCCAUGCACUUUGCAUUUUGAGUGAUUCAAGAAAACUAGCUCUUAAUAACAAUUAUUGUGUUACUACAGUAUUAUGCCUAGAGGGUGGACCCUUGUUCUGUUUCUGACAGAAAUUAAUAGAGACAUUAUUUUAAUUUAUUUACAAUCAGUUUCUAGUAUUGACGUCUAUGUUGUAUUUUUUCUUAGUUGUCAGAUUGUACUGCAGUGUUCCUGUUCAUCCUGAUCGUGCCAGGGUGAGUAAAGCUGUAUGUCUCUAUGUUUUAAUCUGUUACUGUAGUGUAUGUUUACAUUGUAUAUGCUCAUUCCUGAUAUAAUAAUGUCAUAACUCAUUGCACUGCAAUCCUGGACCCUCUCAUUAGAAAAGUUCAAACUUUUCCCCGUUCUGGUGAUACGAAUUUGUGAUUACCAGUACAUGAACAAAGUACUCUAAAUUGCAGAUUAGAUUACAAGUACUGUCUUAUUCAGAAGCCAACGAAGUCCUUAAUUUAAUAUAUUAAUUAUAAUAAUAUUAGUUAUUUAUUCCUUAUAUAAUGUGUGUUGCACCAUGUAUUUUGUAGGCUUGGGCAGAUAGAGGAGCUCGUCUAUUCCCUGGCCAUCCAGAUGUGUUUCAACUCAGGGUAGGCAUAACUUAUAACUCUUGGCUUUUUCACAUUGUCAUCAUUUGAUUGUGACAGCUGAUUUAGUCCUUGGCUGCCCAAAAUAUAUCAAGAAAUAAGUUGAAAGAGGGUGAUUUCUAAAGCCUGAGACUUUUGGUACAGCUUAGUGUUUGUGUUCAAUUGGGUUGUUAAUUUUUGUGUUGAAUUAAAAUGAGACCUCAUAAAGAGGGACAGCAUUUUGUCAUUUUUUUUUCAGUGCUACAAACCAUUGUAAUUCCCUCUCCUUAUCAAAAAGAGGCUGCGAAUAACAGCAAACAUUGCUGAUUAAAGGGUCUAGAUGGCUUCCAUAAGCUUAGCAUAACCAAGGAAUUGUUGGUGUUGAAGAACAUUUCUCUGUAGUAAUUCUCUCUUGUAUUUUUCUUUUUUUAUUGUAAUUGAAUGCCCUUUUGUUUGUACAUGUAGAUUCACCUUUUAGAGUCAGCUGAGGUGGUGGACUAUGAAGCCCUAGAAGACCUGAUAUCUGAAGAACUUGUGAGUUCCCUUUUAUCAAGGAUAAAAUUCUGAUUAAUAUUAUUCAAUUCCAGCAGUACUGGAAGGUCCAAAAUAAUAAUAACAUUACUGUGACCUACAUGUAACAAAAUAGCACAGUGGAAUGUGCCAGACAAGUGUGGUUUUCUAUGAGCUUUUUUUAAGGCCAGGGGUCAGAAAGUUUCUCAGCUGCAAUGGGCAUGACCCCCAAGCCAUAAAGAAAGUAAAAGUCAUUGAACCAAAAAAUCUUUCCAACUGAACAAUUCUUCGCUUACUAAUUUAUUGUACAUACUCGGCAACUCAGAAUUCAAUUCAAUUCAAUUCUUUAUUUACACUAUGUAAGAUAUGUACAUAAGUGUACGUAGGUAGGAAAAUAAAGUAGCUGACAAAUAAUAAUUAACUAAAAGACAUUAAGUUCAUUAACAGUGUCCAAAGUAGCAAGAGCUUUCUUGUUGGACACCGUGACAGCCCUGUUUUCUGAAAUCCUGCAAUUUCACUCUGCAGAAUUCUGGCCUUCUGAUAGAGCGUUAAAAAAACACUGGUGAACUGUGUGGAACUCUUGAUUUCAGGAGGUGACAUUAAAUAAACAUGACAAGAAAGAUCUAGUUAUUUCUUUCGCAGCUGUGAAAAAACCACAAUAAAAUGGCUUGUGUAAUAAAAAAUUGAAGGUCAAGGAUCAGGGGUAAUCAAGGCUGUCUUAAGCAGCACCUAGAAAGAUGCUGGUGACUAACUACAUGUAACUUUUGCCAUUGGGUGAUAAGGAAAAUGUACCUUUUUUCAUUAAACAUAGUGCCAACACCCUGGAUUUCAUACAAAUGUACAUGAAGGUUCAUACCUUUGAGUUUAAUUGUUACACUUUCUUCUAUGCCGUCCCUUUCCAGAGUAAUAAAUUAAAAUAUAUCUCAGCAGUUUAACUAAUAUCAGCAUCUAGCUUUGUUUACUUGACUUGUGGAUUAUAACAUUUUUUGUUGACAUAUUUUUGUUUUUAGAGUAAACGACCAAGAGAUGCCAACUUGCAUAUUAGGCUGGUAAAGCUUUACUCUGUACAAGGUAAGGUAGUUAUUAACAAAUUGAGCUUUAAUAGACAGUGCAAGCAUUGUCACUUGACAAAGUUUGUGACAUUUUUUCUACAACUUUGUUAGGUUCCAUAUUAUGUAUAACAAUAAUAGUAUUGGUCAAAAUCUAUGAUGUAUUGGAGACAGAGUCUUGCAGCUUUCCUGGUGGAAGUGAUACCUUUUCAAAUCCACAAUUUGUCUUGAAUUGGUUCUGCAUUUUAUAUGAAAAACUUUGUCAAGUGGCAUCCACAGCAUAAUCUUUGUCAAAAGAAUGCUUUAUUCCUACUGAAAACAAAUUUAUAAUACUAAUAACAUUUGAACAUACAUAAUUAUGAUCUGGAACAAGGGAAUGUGAAUUCAAAAGUUCUCUCGUAAGUUGUUGUUUGAGAUACACAAAGACCUCUGCUAACAGACAUUGCCUGUAAGGAGAGGCUUACACCGUAGUCAUGGUCCUACCAACUGCAACAUACAAACAAUAAUUUCUAAUAUCACAUAAGUGGACAUCUCUCCUAAAUGGACAUUUUUCUGGCUCCAAGGAUGUAAAACUUGGUGAAUGCUCCAGUUUUUUUAAUACUGUAAACUGCUUAAUUCUUAUCAUACUGACUUUCCAGGGCGUCUUGAUGAGGCGUUUUCUCACUGUGUGGCUGUAUGGAAGACAAAAGCUUUUAAGGACAGCUUUGAAUGGGUGGCUUGCUGCGUGGAAAUAUUUGAGGUUUGUCAUCUUGUCAGAUGUGGACUUUUGUCAAUGUUUUAAAUAGAAAAACGGAAAAGGAAUAAUUAAUUAUUUCAUAUAGAGAUUGUUCUUUUCUACAGAGAACGUAGUGGAGUUUAGCACCAUUACAGUUCAUGAUAUUUUUUAAAGAUGGAAGAAUGAGACAAAAAUAUUCUGUCAGUUUAAAACUAUGUUGCCAGCUCCAUUUUUGCUCAAUGUUUCAUGAAACAUGCCCUUCUUGCCUUGGAAGUAUGUACAUGUACAUUCUUCAGUUGUACUGCAUCACUAACACAAGUCAUUAUUUUUCUUUGUAGAAACACCUUGCCUUUCUUGACAAGGGUAAGUGCACUUACUCAUGCUGGUUUUUUUGAUGGCUUGACUAUAUACAUAGUAUGACUACUGUAACUACCGGUAACCCUAGUAGUUCUGAUGACUGAAUAUCAUGGAUUCUCUUCUGAAUGUCUGUUUCUAGGUGUAUGUUACAGGUCAAGAUCACAUUCUGGUUAAAAUUUUUUAACCAAGGUUGAUCUGCAAUUUCCUUUUUCUCCUAACCCAAAUUAUUCAUGAAUCAGGGCUAGGAGAACAAAGGAAAUUGAGAAUCAACCUAGGUUAAAAAAGUUUUAACAUGAAUAUAAUUUUAACCUGCAUCAUGUACAUUUACAUGUAUCUAGUGCGUCAGACAGUCAGACUGCAAGUCUCCAGUUAAUAAAAACUAUGACCAUAAAAUAGACCAUUUCCAAGUUCCAAAAACUCUCAUUUUCAAAAUGAGGCCAAGUUCAAAACCUUCUUUAUGAAAAAGAGUGUUAUUUCCAUAAGAAAAAAAACUAAUUUUCAUAUGAAUAUAAGCUUUUCACUAAGCUUUGCUUUGAAACGGAGGUUUGAGGCAACUCAGAAAUUGCCUUUUUAACCCGUUAAGCCCCAAUAUCUACAUACAAAUUAUCCAAACUGAUCUCUAUACAUUUCCUUAAAGAAUGAGUUGAGAGAAUUUGAUAAAAGAUCAAGGCAUUUUCUCCUUGGUCAGGGUUGUCAUUAAGAGCCGGGGGCCGGGGAUUUUCUCCGGCUACUAAGAGAGUGGUGCCCGGCUACUUUUAUUGGAAAAUAGAAGAAAAAUAGAACCAAAAGAAAUCCCUAGCCGUUUGAUUCCCUGCCUACUUCUUGUAUUUACCCGGCAACUUGAAAUCUUAGUGACAACCCUGUUGGUGAUCAUUUUAAUAGUUCUCAUAACCUAAUCUCUUGACAUUGUAUGGAUAUCGUUAGGAGAAAAUUGAUGUUGGUCACCAUUGGCAUUUAAAGGGUUUAUGAGUCAAGUUGUUUGUCUUCUUUUAGCAAUUAAAGGUGAGGUCAUUGGAAGCGGCAAUGCUGUCUUGGAUGUACACUCAUUUCUUUUGAUUGCUCUUUGUCACUUCUUGGAGCUUCAACUAGCUGAAGGAAAUACACGAGAGGUCAUCAAUGUUCUCUAUAGGUAAGGGUUGAGAAAUGAAAUUUAUUAUUGUUCUAAAUAAGAUUUUAAGUUGCCAGGUAUAUGCCGUUAGUACAGAAUUAUGUAGGUGGAAAAUUUAAGAGCUAAGAUAUUCUUUUGGUAUUUACAUUAUAUUUUUUUGUUUCCCAUGAAAGUACAUGUAGCCGGAAAUUGAUUUUCAUACUCUUAGUAGCCGAGGGAAAUCCCCAGCCCCCGGCCCCUAGUGACAGCUGUGAUCAGGCUUGUCAUCUCCUUAGUUUAAAUGCUUUUAAUAUUUUUCAGGCUGGAUCAUUGUGUGUUCAUGGCACAUAAGCAUAAAAUUCGUCAAACACCAGGCCGCUCCAGUGGACCCACUGAGUGGGAUGUGAUACUUACUGAAAUGAAAGCACAGCUGUAUAUGCAUUGUGGAACACUGCUGAUUCGGCUGGCAAAAGAUGUAUGUUAGUUUAUUUGUAAAACCACAUGAUUGAUUGAACUACUUAAACUGUGAUAUAAACAGAAGAACAGCAGUUGCAUUUUUAUUGGAAUGGCAAGGGAGUUUUUAGCAGAAGCCUACUUGUAGUCUCACAGUGUUUACAUGUAAAUUCUUCAUCUUGACUAUGAAACGGGGUAUGAAUAACUGAGCAUCACUGAGGCAGUGUCAUUGUGCCUAUGUUACAGGUCAAAAGGAAAUUCCUUUUUCUCGUAGCCCUAAUUCAUGAAAAAUUAGGGCUAGGAGACAAAGGAAAUUGAGAAUCAACCCACAAUUAGGUUAAAAUGUUUUAACGUGAAUGUUAUUUUGACCUCUGAUACCUAUACAGUCAUUGUAUAUUAGUGUAUUUUGGACAUAAAUUAGCUUAUAAAGGGCCUAUGAGCCAGGCCAGAAUGACCUUACUAUACUGAAAUUAUUUUAUGAAUCAUCAUGUUUCCAGCACUAAAAAAAACCUGUAACCUCAAGAAAAACAGUGGUAGCUGAAAAAUGACAGGCUGUUGUGUGUUUUCACGUCAAUGUCCAGCCUAUAUCGAUAGUAAUUAUUGUUCCUAUGUCAAACCUUUUGUUGACUACUUUUCUUGCUUGUUUUAUUGCAGGAAUAUGUUACCUGGCCAAGAGGCUUGAAGCUUGCAUGUGCAUGUUAUCUUGCAAGUGUUAGCAUCUCUGAACCGGAGACCAAAACUCCAUGGGUUGCAAGAGCCCCUAAAAAUAAGGAUCCCCUCAAAUGGUUCAUCAUGGCGUGCUCAAGACUCAGUCAAGUUGGUGAGUGGGUAGUAGGCUCCUUAACUUUUCCAAGGAACUGUAAAAUUAAAAAAAAAAUGCAAUAAUAGACUUUUCCACCAUAUUUUCAACAUUGACUGGUGACCAGUUAGCAAAAGUGGAAAUACCACCUUAAUAUCAGUAAAAACAUUUACGCAAGUUUGUGCCACCCACCAUACAAACGUCUCUAACAUUUUGCUACUUUAUGGAGCGAUAUGUUUGCUUGCUUCAAAUGUAUCACCUUUAAACUUCCUUGGUAAGUUUACUCAGGCGCUCUUUACACCAAUGUUCAUGGAUAUUCAACAACUGGUCUGUAUCAAAACUUGAGAAAACUGUGGAAGGAUCUACUAAUGUAAAAAUAAAGAAGUCAGGGGAUUUCAUGGCUUUGAAGAGUAGCAAUCCCUAAACUGCCAUUUAGACAACCAAGGCCACUGAGUUUUGUACGCAAUUUAUAACCUAAAGUUGCUUUCACUUGUUGAGCUUCUCUUUCCUGUAUUUGCUGACAUGGAUGUUUAAAAGACUUCCUCUCCUAGAAACCCACUAUCUUAUCAGAAGUAAUUAUUUUUAGAAGUAAUUCAACCAUGGCAGGAUUAGCUCAUUCAGUAGUGUGCUUGAAUGGAGUACGAGAAGUCGUGGGUUCAAUUCCAUGGAGGUACUGCCUUUGCCCUUUAAGUGGCUAGACCUUCACAUGUCUUGGAUGACCACGUAAAAUGACAAUUCCAUCUCCGGUUAAACGUGAUAAAUUGCCUUCAAUUAGUACUUUCUUGCUAAAAACAUUGAUGCUCAAAAAAGUGUACUUUUUAAUCACCUCCUG